UCAACAAUUGUACUGGAGCCUGUAGACGUCUUGUUUACAGUGGUUGAGGCAAGGCCCGUGAAUACCUGUAGACACUAGUGCGUUACGGUUUUAUUGCUCAGCUUCAUUUUCUCGUUACAAGGUUCAUUAUAUGAGACCUCCAAUCUGGAUCGAGGCGGAAACAACAGGAAGAAGAUAGAGGAAUUCUCUCGUUCUUCUCGGGUGAAAAUAGUCCAGUCGAAGAACAAAAUGUUCUCGAAAUUUACGUCCAUUCUUCAGCAUGCUGUGGAAGCGCUUGCCCCGUCGCUGCCCUUGCAGGAGGACUUUGUCUAUCACUGGAAGGCCAUUACACAUUAUUACAUUGAGACUUCUGAUGACAAAGCUCCAGUCACAGACACCAACAUCCCAUCCCACCUAGAACAGAUGCUGGAUAUCUUGACCCAGGAGGAAAGGGAAAGGGAGUCUGGAGAGACAGGACCCUGCAUGGAGUAUCUCUUACACCACAAGAUCCUGGAGACUCUCUACACUUUGGGCAAAGCAGAUUGUCCUCCAGGGAUGAAGCAACAGGUGCUCACCUUCUAUACAAAGCUGCUCGCACACAUUCGUCAACCUCUCCUGCCACACAUAAAUGUUCACAGACCUGUUCAGAAACUGAUCCGUCUGUGUGGAGAGGUGCUGACUGCUCCGACAGAAAAUGAAGAGAUUCAGUUCCUUUGUAUAGUUUGUGCCAAACUGAAGCAGGACCCAUAUCUUGUCAACUUCUUCCUUGAGAACAAGUUAAAGAGACCUGACACAAAGAGUCCUGGAGGGAAAGAGGUCGUGAAGGGGAAUAUGUUGGCUCCAGACACUGGUCAGUCUGUGGCAGAGGAAAAGCCUCACUGCUCAGAGGAUCCUCAGGUAGCAGCUGUGGCCUCCUCCUCUAGUCCCACCAGUAUCAAUAAUAACAGCAACAAUUACAAUCUUGUCACCUCGCUGCUCAACCUCACAAAGAGCCCUGAUGGCAGGAUAGUAGUGAAGGCAUGUGAGGGCCUGAUGCUGCUCGUCAGUUUACCAGAGCCUGCAGCUGCCAAGUGUUUAACUGAAAACACUGAUCUAUGUGAGCUCCUGACUGACAGGCUGGUCUCCUUCUAUAAAGCCCUGCCACAGUCCAUGGACCCCUUGGACAUUGAGACAGUGGAGUCGGUCAAUUGGGGUCUGGAUGUUUAUAACCUGAAGGAGGAUGCUGCUGUAUUUACAGGGAAGAGGGCUCUCAUCUCCUUCCUGUCCUGGCUAGAUUACUGCGACCAGCUCAUCAAAGAGGCUCAGAAGUCCGCAGCUGUAGUGAUAGCAAAAGCAGUGAGAGAAAGUUUCUUUGUGUCAGUUAUGGAACCCCAGCUCAUGCAGACGUCCGAGGUGGGCAUCCUGACCUCUACAGCCUUGCUGAACAGGAUCAUCAGGCAGGUAACAUCCGAGGCUCUGCUGCAGGAGAUGAUUUACUUCCUGCUCGGGGAGGAGAGAGAUCCAGAGACUCAAUCUACUAUGGCUCAGAAUCCACUCAGACACAGACUUAUCGAGCACUGCGACCACCUGUCAGAUGAGAUCAGCAUCAUGACACUGCGGCUAUUUGAGCAGCUGAUCCAGAAGCCCAACCAGCACAUACUCCACAGCUUGCUUCUGCGUAGCCUGGAGGAGAGGAACUACCUGGAGAACAAACCCCAGGAUGACCGGGAGCCUCUGGAGAACGGGCAGUCCCAUGAUGCCGUAGACCUUGAGGAGGAUCCACUGUUUGCUGAUGACCUCUCUCCAGACAGCAGGCUGUCUGGUUCUGAUUGGCUCAGCUCCUCUCCACCACAGAGCCCUGACCACUUGAAGUGUGACGGGAAGACGGAGGUCCACAAGAUUGUCAACAGUUUCUUGUGUUUGGUGCCUGAUGAGGCAAAGUCAUCGUAUCAUGUUGAAGGCACAGGCUAUGACACCUACCUCAGAGAUGCACAUAGACAGUUUAGGGACUAUUGUGGGGUCUGCCAGCGGUGGGACUGGAGGGGAAAUCCAAAGCCUUUCGAGAAGUGUAACUUGGACAGCCCAUUCUUCGAGGGCCACUUCCUCAAGGUUCUCUUCGACAGGAUGGGUCGCAUCCUAGAUCAGCCCUAUGAAGUUAACCUGCAGGUGACUGCUGUGCUGUCCAAGCUGGCUUUGUUUCCACACCCCCACUUGCACGAGUACCUGCUGGACCCUUAUAUCAACCUGGCCCCUGGCUGCAGGUCUCUGUUCUCUGUCAUCGUCAGGGUGGUGGGGGAUCUAAUGUUGAGGAUUCAGCGCAUCCCAGACUUCACACCCAAACUGCUGCUCGUGAGGAAGAGAUUAUUAGGGCUGGAGCCAGAAGGCAUGAAUGUCGACCAUAUGACUCUGCUCGAGGGGGUGAUCGUGCUGGAGGAGUUCUGCAAAGAGCUGGCAGCCAUUGCCUUCGUCAAAUACCACGCAGCUGCCUCCUCCUCGCCGUAAUUCUCCUGCUGUUCAUCCAUCUGCCUCGGCCAGCCAGGCUGGCAGCCAGGUCAGGAUUGUAAUGGGCCUUUGGGGUGUGGCGGCGGUAGCACUGGUGUCACAAGGUCGUUAAAAGAUUACCACUAACUGCUCAUCCCUGCAAGACUGUUAAAGUCCACUUGGAUGGGUUCAUCACUUCCCCCUCCUCUGCCUUCCCAAGAUCCACUAUAAAUAGUCUUUGGUCUUGUAUUUGAGACGGUCAGAGCACAGACACUGCCCAGCCAGCGGAGGAAUGAGAGGAGAACAGAGAUCGAGUUGCAGAGAGAUGGUCAGCCUCUGUAUUUUACCAGCCGAAAGACAACUCUGUAAUUAUUAUAUUUGGGGAGAAAAGAUGUCUGUCUAUUUAUUUUUGUCCCAUUAUCACCCAUUUGUAAAAAUCAUUGCCUUAGUGUUGAACAGCACCUUUCAGUUACAGAAUAUUGUUUCCUUUUGAAACAUUUUUAUCUCACUCCUCACAUGUUGUCUGUUUAAAGACAAGAUGACUUUAGGCUAUAAGAGAAUAAAAAAAGCCCACUGCCUUCAACUCAUAUGUACCUGUAUUUGCAUGAAUAUUGAAAUGUAGUAUUUAUGAUACUGCACUCAUAUUUUAAAUGCCAAGUCCUCUAUAUUUAUUUGUUUGCUUUCUCAUUGCCUUUUUAACUGUCAUAAUGGGAUCAAAUUAAUUGGACGUCUGCAUCUUUCCUGAGUUUGUCUCAAUGCUAGUGCUCUCAAAGCUCACCAUCACAUUUUGUCAAAAGAAAUGGUGAAUUUGGCAAGUGGUGAAAUUGUAUGGGACCUCAUUGCAUUGCACUUGUUACAUUAUUCAUGUCCAUGCUCAUUUGGGGUUGGCUUUUAUGAAAUGUCAAGUUGGCAUUUUUGGGAAGAAAGACAUGUUUUUGAUUCUGCAUUAGUUUUAGUUCUCCAGACCCAGUGUUGCAUUUCUCACAGUGUGACUGCUAUUGUUGUUUUUAGAACCUUUGUAAUUCUCAGUAAUUAAUUUAUUAAGAUGGAAUAGAGGAUCGAGAUAUAGACCAGUGUCUUAAGUGCAUCAUUAACGUGGGACAUACUUCAGUUUACAACUGGGGUUCCUAAUCUUUAUUGUCUUAUGACCCCUGAAACAAAGCUAACGUCUAGUUGGUGGUGUUGCUGUAAGUUGUGGUUUUUUGUUGCUUGUAAGUUGUGGUUUUUAUUUGAAUUCACAAGAUAAGAAGAAAGUCCAUCGAAACUUUAUCCAACAGAAAAAUAUCAACAUUCCAUAUUGUCCAUCUCGUCUCAAACCCCUUUCUUGGGGUUUAGACCCCAUGUUUGGAAAGCAACAGCUAACAAUAUCCUAGGAGUCCUGAGUUCCUCCAUAAGUUAUUUGGACUUUCUAUAAGGUGUUUAGUUUACCAGCAGUGUUACCUUUUCAUCCCGGCCUUAAAUUCACGAAGUGUAUCGUUGGUUGUUUUAUUGUUUGUAUGUAUCGGGAGGGCGUCGGCAAUGGAAGGUUUGAUUUGGUCUCCAAGAUGCUUCGCAAUGUACGUUUGGUGGUUUUGUUUCCAGCGUGAACAUUUCCAUGAUUUAUUAUUGCGGUGGGAAAUGAACAGUCGCUUGUUGAAGCCAUUCGUUGAAGCCUUGUUUUCUCCUUCUCUCUGGUCCCACCUCAACCCCUUCACUCAAGCACCUACGCUACAUUAUGCAACUGCUUGCAUGGAAUCAGAUUUGCACAUUGUCUUUCUUCAUCCUUGUUCAUAAUGUAAAUAUACACAUCAAAAAGCGUUUUCUUUUUUUUUCUCCAAAUGUUUUCAUAAACGUAUCAAUAAAAAUAUCUAUGACGUACCAGGAGUAACAUUUCUAUUUUACUGGGAAACGUUUUUGAAAUGAUCAAAUCAUGCACAAUUUUUAAUCAACUCUUUCAACUGUUCUGUGCAUUUGUAUAUUGUGUGUACAAUAGCAAUAUAAAUAUACUACCUGGUG